AUGCUUGUCUGGCAUGCUCCUGCAAGAGGAGAUCCUGAACCAUGGCCUCGGGAAGCAGACCGUCCAGCUUGGCCGUUGGUGAUUGCUGUGGGUCUGCGGAGAGGCUUUCGUUUGCGAGUGAGAUCGCUGGGCGAUCCAGGGCACCUGUCCUCCUGGGAACGUUGGACUUGGGAAGAGUGGGGUCUCCGAUACACGCAGCGGCGUCGGCACGAUCCCGUCCCGUCUGGUUUUGCAGCAGCUCCAGCAGCCAAGCGCCGAAGCGACCUGACGCAGCGCGCCUGGCACGCGUUGGCGAAGGUGAGCCGAGCGCAAGGCUCUCGUGCAGCCGCCGCCUUGGCCAAGCUGGCGGGGCCUUCCUGGAGCAACCAGGUCGAGUCUAUAUUGAAGCAGAAGUCUGCAGACAUCUCUUUGGUCUUGGACGGGCCCUGCAAUCUGAGCAAUGCGUGGACCAUUCUGAGGACGAUGGAUGCGGCUGGACUACUGCGCCUGGAGCUGAUAGAUAAGGAACGAGACGCCAGUGUCAACGACUCCUUUGCCCGGGCUCUAGAGGCUCAGCCGUGGAUCCUCGUCCGUCGCUGGCGAACUGCGGCAUCGUGCAUCGAGGCCUUGCGGGCGGAAGGCUUCGCGGUGUGGAGCCUCGCCCUGACAGAGAACAGCCAGCCGCUCGAGGAGCUACUGGAGACCAGGUCGCUCAUGCCGCGUGAGAGACAGAAGCUGGCUUUCGUGCUGGGCUCGGAGUUUGCGGGCGUCUCACGCGAAGUGCAGCGCUACGUCGACGGAUCCUGCAUUAUUCCCACCGACGGAAUGUGUGUCUCUUUCAAUGUGGCAGUUGCUUGCUCAGUGCUCUUGGCGACGUUGGACGCGAAGGGGUUUCUGCAGCCUGGACUUUUGGAUGAAGCCCAGGUGCAACAGCUGCGGGUGCGCUGGUUGCUGCAGGUUUGCUCCGAAAGUGAGGCAAUUCAUGUGCUUAAUACUACUUUCGGCAUUGAAGAUAGCGUUGUCCGCGAAAGAGUCGCGGGCGACAGGACGUCGCCUGAGAUCACGGCCUCCACGGCUGCUAGGGUCGUCAGCGUUGCCCAGCUUUUUGUUGGUCGCAUCAAGGCACGGACUGAGCUGUGGGCCUGUGUGCGACGCUGUGUGACGGAUGUCAGCACACCGCAGGCGCAUCAGCCGAUUCUCCAGGCGACAAAGUUGCUGCAGGAGCACAAGCAGAACCGGAACCAGGACUGCCAGGUGCCACGGAAGGCUUCGGAGCCCAGCCUUCGGACCUGUGGCUUUUGCUUUGAAGGCCGCGAUUUGAACGUCUUGGAGGUUGCGCGCUCCGUGGACGAGGCGACUCGUGCAAAGGAGCAGCUGGCUCGUGAUUCGAUCGUGCGAGCACGAGACGAGGCGCAAAUGCGGGAGAAGGAGCUGCAGCUGCUGGAAGAGGAAAGAAGGCUUGCCGGCCUGGAACAGGAGCUCAAGACGGGCUGCUCCCUGGCGGAACAGAAGCGCGUUCAGGCCCCCGUCUUGGCCCUUGGCGCGGAGAGUAACGGCGUUGAUCUGACGGCAGAGGAGAGGCUUGCAGAUGCAAAGUCCUCGAUGAAGAAGCUGGAAGAGGCAGACCUGGCAAAAGCGGAAUCGACCCCUUUCGUGGCACCUGAUCGUGAGCAGGAGAUGCUUGAGAUCAUCCUGACAACAGGAAAGGCGAAGGAUGCCCGACUCACAGACCUGCUAAUGAAGGUCCCAGAGGUUGAGAAGGUCGAAGAGAUGUCCUGUCCGAAGUCGAAGUCCCGAGCCGCGCCAUCCCGCGCCUCCUGCAUCAUGCUAACGCCGCAGAAAAACCUGACCAUUCAGCACUUGGCUUGGCCUGUGUCAGUGCCUUCAUCGAUGCCUCGCAGUUCCAGCGAUUGCAGCGUGGCGGCAGCCGCGGGGACCCUGCGAGUGCCAGGAUGCAAUGGACCCCUGCCCAGGAGGAUCGAGCGAGUGUCGAUGCCCGUGCGUGUGUGCCCGCGGUCAGAGCUCUUGGCCCUGCGCGAGGAGGUGCAGAGGAUGCGCAAGGAGGCCAUGGACGUGGCUGGGCUGAAGGCCGAGGUCGAGGUGCUGAAGACCGAGCUGCGGCACAUCCUGGACGACAACCGCCGGAUGUCCGACGAGAUAGAUGCCCGACGCCGCUCGCGAGUGGAGGCCCAAGAUCGACAACAGCAGGCCAAGGAGGACCGACGGCGGUCCCAGCUCGAUUCUGCAAGGGAUCUCUUCCAUGCGAUGCUGGCUCCAGACCAGCGUGGUCGAGAAAACGUGCCACCCAAGCCAAACGAAGGCAUUUCACGACAAGCAGGUCGUCCAGCCGCCCAGGCUUCGUCGGCGACCGGUCAUGCGAUCCUUAUUCAGCGAGUUACCUGGCACAUGCCAGCGCCGGUUGAUGCUCAGACCUUCAGAUCUGAGCGUGUGCAGUCGCAGUGCCUGAGUCGCACCAUGUACAGUGCUAGCGAUUGUGCGAAGGAGGUGCAAUUGGCAGCUUCGUCGAGCAAGAAUUCGUACUAUGCCAACAGGACCAGGAUCGGGGUGACGCAGCGAGUCGUCGCAGUCUCGACAAGCGUUCAGCGCGAACUAGCCGAAGCUGUUGCAUCUCAAGGGUCGUUUGGAAACGCGGCAAAACGCUGCGUUGAUAUAUCUGAUUUACCUGCGAGGCUUUUCAGAGGCUCUUUCGGUGUCGCCAUGUCGCUGUUCAGCGGAGACAACGAGAUCGGGAACAUCCUGCAACAGGCAGUCAAGCUGAAAUCUGCCCAGAUGAACGAAAAGCGAAAGACCUACGAGACGAGACCCUUCUUUGUGCAACACACACUCUUCCACGGAGAGAAGGAGGACUUUAAGGCUUGGAGGCAGCUUCCGUUUGAUGAGAAGAAGGUGAUCUCCGAGAGGCUGAAAGAAGAAGGCAAUGACCUCUUCAAGAAGGGAUCCUGGAUGGAUGCAAUAGAGAAGUACGAGGAAGCCGCAUCACUGGUCCACUACUACUGGAGCACUGAUGCCAACUGGCGGAAGAACAACCGCGGCAUUGAUGACGAUGUCCUGAAGCUAGUGGACGACAUGGGCAGCACAGAAGAGGACGCACAGUGGCAGCGGAAGCACCGCGCCCUGUGUGCACUGAAUCUGGCGGCCUGCAAGCAGAAGUUGGACAAGUUUGACGAGGCCAUCACUGCCUGUGACGUGACUCUCGAGCUCGACCCCAAGAAUGUGAAAGCACUCUACCGGCGUGCAGAGUCGCGGAUAAGGCCUACAAAGGCAACCGCCUACGACCAUGACCUUGCGAUCAAGGACCUGGCAGUUGCCAAUGCGCUUGAUCCCAGCAACCAGACCAUCGAGCGGCUCUUGAUCAGGCUACGUGCCGAACGCCGGGUGCAAAGAGAAAAGGACUCUCAGACCUACACCGGGCUGUUUGAUCGAGGCCAGAUCUACGACAAGGGCAUCCUGUCCAGCAGCCCGGCUGCCGCGGCUCUCGUGCUGUCGGGCCUGUCUCCUUGGUCCAACGUUCAUGAGUGUGCCCUGGCCCUUGGCGGCGAGAUGACAUUUCUGCAAGCGCAGGCAUCCAUGGCUUCCACUCUGGCAGAGAGAGUGUUAGUGGUUGGAUACCUCGAGGACAUUUACCCCAAGGUUUACGACAAGAUGCUCGAAGCCGUGCGACACGAUCUCCUGGAGCGUGUUUCGUUGCGGGGCAGACGAGGGAGUGCAUCCUUUCAGGCCAGGCUCGUUGAUUCAGGUUUCUUGCCACUGUCACUCUUUCCGCUCGGACCGGCCUCAUUUGGCUGCAGAUCCAACAUCGGCUGGGGAAUCAGGCCGGCCGGCAGCUGGCUCGAUUUCACGGGCGUUGUGCCCGAGUGA